GUACCGUAGCUGUACUUGAAACAGGAAAUACCCUAGGAAGUAGCAAUCUGGUCAGUAAUCAGACAUUCUCUGGUGAUAUUUACGCAAGUAAAUUGACAAUUUUUCCCGUGUUAGUAGGUAUACCACCUGUUAAUCAAAAUGGGGAAAAGGCAACAUCAAAAAGAUAAAAUGUAUAUUACCUGUUCGGAGUAUACCCACUUCUAUGGAGGGAAAAGAACAGUAAUUCCACAGGCCAACUUCAAACGUCUUCCCUUUGACCACUGCAGUUUGUCUCUCCAGCCAUUUGAAUAUCCCAUGUGCACGAAAGAAGGCGUUGUUUUCGAUCUAAUGAGCAUAGUGCCGUGGUUAAAGAAGUAUGGUACAAACCCUAUCUCUGGAGAGAAACUGGAGGCAAAGGACCUCGUGAAGCUGAACAUUAGCAAGAACAGCGAAGGCAAAUAUCACUGCCCUGUCCUCUACUCCGUCUUCACCAACAACUCCCACAUUGUUGCCAAUAGGGUCACAGGCAAUGUGUACUCUAAUGAGGCUGUGGAGCAGCUCAACAUCAAGACCAAAUCCUUCAAAGAUCUUCUUACUGAUGAGCCAUUUACACGCCAGGACCUUAUCACCUUACAGGACCCGACCAAUCUGGAUAAGUUCAACGUGUCCGACUUUUUCCACGUGAAAAACAAUCUGAAAGUCCUUGAUCCAGAUGAGGAGAAGGCCAAGCUGGACCCGGCCUACCACCUGAAGACCACCAACCUGGAGACGCGUGAGACCCUGGCCGAGCUCUACAGGGACUACAAGGGGGACGAGCUGCUGGCCGCCUCCAUGAAGGAGCCCGAGGCCAAGAAGACUGACAAGCUCAAUGCCGCCCACUACUCCACCGGUCGGGUGUCGGCCUCCUUCACCUCCACUGCCAUGACUCCUGCCACGACCCAUGUAGCAGAUGCCAUCGCUGAUGAUACGGUCCGCUUCCAGUACGUGAAGAAGAAGGGCUAUGUGCGUCUGCACACCAACAAGGGCGAUAUCAACCUGGAGCUGCACUGCGAUAAGGUACCCAAAGCAGGCGAGAACUUCAUCAAGCUGUGCAAGAAGGGCUAUUACAACGACACGAUCUUCCACCGCUCCAUCCGUAACUUCAUGAUCCAAGGGGGGGACCCCACUGGCACUGGUACAGGAGGUGAAUCGGCUUGGGGGAAGCCAUUCAAGGAUGAGUUCCGACCCAACCUCUCCCACACUGGCCGUGGCAUCCUCAGUAUGGCCAACUCGGGGCCCAACACCAACAAGUCCCAGUUCUUCAUCACGUUCCGUUCCUGCACCUACCUGGACAGAAAGCACAGUGUGUUCGGCAGAGUGGUGGGGGGGUUUGAGACUCUCACUGCCAUGGAGAAUGUGGAGAGUGAUCCCAAGACAGACCUGCCCAAGAGUGAAAUUAAGUUGCUGACCGCGACUGUGUUUGUGGACCCAUACGAGGAAGCAGAUGCACAGAUUGCGGCGGAGCGGGAGAAGGAGGUGCAGCAGCAGCAGCAGGAGCAAGCGGACGCUGCCGCCGCCCAGAGCCGAGCCAAGGAGGAGAAGCAGCCCAAGACAUUCAGGCCCGGCGUGGGCAAGUACAUCAACAUGGCUGCCAAGAAGCGCCCCGGGGACAACCAGAAGCCCUCCACCAGUGAGGCGGCGUCAGCGUCGGCGGCCAAGAAGCCCAAAGGCAGGACCGGGUUCGGGGACUUCAGCUCCUGGUGACGAGGCUCUCCACGCUGGUCAGAACCCCCCCACCCAUGGCCAUGUUCUCAUGUUCCCAUGGCUUCAGGACACUCGAGAACCUCUAAGGACACUUUAUCUCGUCACAACCCCAGGCACUAGUCAUCACAGCGUCCACUACUUGGGUCUUCUCACUGACUCCACUCUGAUUCUGGCAAGCACGGGAGCCAAGGCAGUGGCACUGACAGAAUGUUUGUUUAGCUUGUAGCCAAUCAGUCAUUUGUUCCUUCAUCCCUUUCUCUCUCCCUCCCUCCGUCUCUCCUUUCAUUCGCACAAGCGUAGAGGGCAAGCACUCAUUUUCGCAUCGAUCCGCGUUCCAUCGGAGCGGAAUAUCUGUUGUCGCUGGCUUCGGAGCCCGUUAUUGAUCCGCUGCAGAGCGGGCGCGAGGGGCCAUACAGCUGAGCUCGGCACGCACCCAGCGCCGUUAGUUUCUCUUCUGUCCCGAAUCCACCUGGCCGGCCUCCAGGCCUCUACAGGGUCACUUUAAACCCCGAGUCUCGACGACGCUCCACUUCCAAGGACCGCUAUCUCUGUGUCAACUCUGCAAGACAUAAAGAGGAAUCUCAUUUUAUUUUGUACAGAGUCAAUAAUGUGUUUGUUUUCAUAGUAAUACAAGUAUGUUUUUAAAGCAGGUCUACACGUCCUUCUUGUAUUAGAUUCAUGUCUUCUCUUCCCUCCUGUUCUUAGUUUUGUACAUACGGUAGGAGGUAGUGGGGGGCACAUUUGUAAAUAGCAAAUAAAAUUCUCCUCCAAAUAAUCCAAACUUUCCAAAUAAACUUGACUUUAUUUGCACCA